CCCCUGAAACCCAGAUUGCAUUCACGCGGAACAAAAAACACCUGCACGUGUUAAUUGGUGUCGCAUUUGCGAAGGUCUCCUGGAGUCGUGAGUGUAACGUCAGCGUGCUUGUUAGUUAUGUUUAUUGGUGGCUAUUAAUGAGUAACCGGGGGAACUACAGGGAGCGGAGGUCUUCUCGGGGAGAAAUGAAGCGGCGCUCGCCUGCACACUCGUGGCUCGGCCCGCUUUUGGUUGUGUCAAAUUUGUGUAACUUCUCACAAAACAACUCAAACUUCAGGACUUAAGGACAUGACCGUGGUCACCGUUUGACAUCUGGCAUCGAAAGGUUUUGGUUUGCUGUCAUGACCUCCGUCACACGCCUGUCCUGUCUCACUCUGGUCUGUCUGUACUCGCAGCUUCUGGGCUCACGUGCAGGCGCAGCUUCCUCCGCCAGCACCAGCCUGUGGGGAAAGAAGCUGCAGUUUAGGGCUCGGCCGUGUCUGUGGCAGCUGCAGCGAGGCGCCGCGGUCCCCGAGCUGGAGGAGCUGACGGCGUGCAUGCUGCUGAACCGCACCCACGGAUCAGGGUGGACGGGCUUCGACUACAAACCGCCCGGGGGCGGGCCCAGGGUGCUGGGACUCGAGGGCACGGGUACGCAGACGUCCGCGUGGCUGUUCGGGGAAAGACACGACCUGGCCAGGGGCUUGAAGCUGAACGAAUGGCACGCGGUGUGCUUGACCUGGUCGGGCCGAGCCCGCAGGCUGCGGAUCUACGUCAACGGGGCCAAUGAGUACGACGCGGCCGUGAGCCCCGGGCUGCCCCGGCGCCUGGCCCUGAGCGGCACCCUCACCCUGGGGCAGUCUCAUUUCAUAAACGCCGGGGGGGAGGUGCAGCCCGUGUCCGGCACGGACCUGCUGGGGGAGAUCGGCCUCUUCAGGAUGUGGGCCAGAGAGUGGAGCGGCGAGCAGCUGAGGGGGGGCAGCUGUGCGGACGGAGACGUGGUGAGGUGGGACCUGAGUCAGUGGAAACACAACUGUCCACCCGAGCCCGACCACCGGCUCCAAUGUGCAUGGUCCCUUUACAAAGUCAACAUGUGGACGUUCAAAGUUAACUCCACGGAGCCUGGAAAUUGUUCAUUGUCCCUCGAGGAGGUCACAAGAAACUGGUUGGAGAACAUAUUCCCUCACAACAUCUCAGUCCACAACAUCCUGGUGUCAUCCCCGAGCCGUAACUGCGGUGUGGUUGAUAAUUCUACUGCUCUACCUACACAACAACAUCAGGGAUCAAGAACAUUGCCAAACCCCGACUCAGUCCAGUGUUUCAGCUGUGAAUUCUACGUGGAAGUGGAUCCUGCUGCUAACGUACAAGAUGUUCAGGCCAACAUGGCUUCGUUGCUGAGUUCGAGCUUCUCUCACAGCCUGACAGCAGACCCUGACAGCAUCAGCGUCCUCCCUGUGGAGUUUCUCCCUGCAGUGACAGAGCCCCCGCCGACCGUCAGCUCUCGUGCACAAACAGAAACGAAUCCAACUCAAAGGCCGCAAGCUAAUCCCACCAACACGUCGACCACGGGAGACCCUCUGGAGCAGAACAAGACUCUCGUUAAACCAGACACAUUCUUCAGAGUCAAUUUGACUUUACGGGUGUACGGCAGCCCCACAAACCCAAAGAAUAGUAUCAAGGAAUGGGUGAAGAAACAGCUGGAGGUGAAUGGCACCGUGAUUGUGCUGAACCUCCUCAUCAAGGAGAACGUCGGCAGGAACAUGGAGCAGCACAAUACCACAAGACUGAUGAUUUCCCAGAGUCAAGAAAAACAGUAUUACUGCACCUUCCACGUUCAAGAUUACAGCCAAAACAGUUUGGCAGAAAUUGAAACUUUUAUUACUGCCGCCCUGACAUCAGGGUAUGAGACCGACUCCAUUGUUAUUCAAACUAUGGACGUGGCGAUCAAACACAUAGUGCCAGCAAACUGCUUGGAAGAAACUACUUCAACAUUCUAUGGAACAUACAUCUGGCCUGAAGCCUUUCCACAAGUCAACCAAGAGAUGGGAUGCAGAGAGCCAGAGUCAGAGAGAGCCUUCAGGCUUUGUAAGUUGGACAUUGAAACGGACGCAACCAGCUGGGCUAAACCCGAUAUGAAACAAUGCAAACCGCUUGUGAUCAUAUCAGACCUUGAAAAUAUCACUGUCACCACGGGUAACGCGGCUGAGGUUGUGGACGUGAUUCAGGACCUCGUAGAUGUUCAGUUGGGGGAGAGCGCCGAGCUCUCCUCCUCCCAGCUGGACACCGUGGUGGCGAAGCUCCGUGAAGUGGUGGACGUCGGCAGCAUCACACCUGCGGUCGGUGCCGACAUCGUCAAUAUCGUCGCGGACAUCCUGGUGUCCAAAACCCAAAUGGCUCCGUUGGCCGGCAUUGUCCUUAAUCUGACAGACAGAAUGGGGAACAACAUGGAUUUCCAAGAUGAAUCCAUCAGCAUCACCGCCCCCUCGAUGGCGCUGGCCAUGAUCAACAUCGAUGAAAAUCAAUUCAGCGGCCUUACCUUCGGCGCGUCCUUUGUUUCUCCUCACCUGAGUCCACAGGUUUUUUUCAACCCCGACACUGUGGAUGAACUGCUCCCCGACACCAAUGCAACUAUCCGUUUGCCCUCCGAACUCAACAACUUCUUCCCUUCCGGAGAGAGAAACACAACUCGUGUCCAGUUUCAGUUCUAUGGGACAGAUGAUCUAUUUCAGGACCCAAACAUAACCAACUCAACACAGAGCAGCUUGACACUGAAUUCCUUCGUAGUAUCUGCCAGCAUCAAUAACAGCCGGAUCAGCAACCUGAAGGACCCGGUGGUCGUGUGCCUCAGCCACCACACAAUCAAACAGCCAGAAGACCGGGUUCAGUGUGUGUUUUGGGAUUUCCUGAAAAACGGUGGGCAGGGUGGUUGGAACGGCGCAGGUUGUGAAACCCGGAGCCUUUCUGCCCAUGAGACCAGCUGCCGCUGUGAUCACCUCACACACUUCGCUGUGCUCCUGGAUGUAUCCAGAACACACAUCAGUGGAGCUCAGAGCCUGAUUCUGACGGUGAUCUCCUAUCUCGGCUGUGGUAUAUCCUCCAUCUUUCUGGGCAUCACACUUCUCACCCACCUUGCUUUUGAAAAGCUGCGUCGAGACUACCCAUCUAAGAUCCUCAUUAACCUGUGCGCCGCCCUGCUGGGGUUGAGCAUGCUCUUCCUUCUGGACUCGUGGCUCUCGUCCUUCUCCAGCUACAGUCUGUGCAUCGCCACUGCUGCGGCGCUGCACUAUUUCCUGCUGGCUUCUUUCACCUGGAUGGCCCUGGAGGCCGUGCACAUGUACCUCGCACUGGUCAAGGUCUUCAACAUCUACGUUCCCUCCUACAUCCUCAAGUUAUGUGCCCUGGGAUGGGGUAUUCCUCUGGUCAUAGUCAGCUUGGUGCUCGCCAUAGAUAAAGACGCCUACGGCAGCAUCGUGCCGGAAGAGUCCGCAGCGGCGCUUCAGUCCGCCGAACAAUUCUGCUGGCUGCAGGACGACACCUUCUUCUACGUGACCGUGGUGGCCUUUCUCUUCCUGAUCCUGUUGUGCAACGCCUUUGUAUUCGUGGUGGUGCUGAUCCAGAUCCGACAGAUGAGGGCCAACAAGCAGUCGACGAGCCGCCUCAGCUCGUUGCACGACUUGAGGGCCGUGGUCAGUCUCACGGUCCUGUUGGGCCUGACGUGGUCGAUGGGGUUCUUCUCCUUCGGGCCUGGCAAAGUGUUCAUGAUGUACCUGUUCUCCAUCUUCAACUCCUUGCAGGGGUUCUUUGUCUUUUUGUUCCAUUGUUUGAUGAAGGAGAAUGUGAGGAAACAGUGGAGAAUCUUCUUGUGCUGCGGACGUUUCAGACCCAGCGAGUACUCAAACUGGAGCCGCUCUGCGACAGCCGGCGGCAGAAAGAACCAUCUUGUCAACUGUGACUCCGGCGCUUCUGACAACACUUCCAGCGUCAGAAAGGUCUCUGACUCCUCCACGGGUUCCACGCCGGGGCACCACCAGGGAGCGUGAGAGGGCCAAGACCCACCAACACGGAUCAGCUGCCUGCUGUCGAUUACGGGAAAAGAAGGAAAUCAACCCACGGUUUUGUUGGUUCCACGAUGGGUCCACGAGCCCUUCUGAACCACGACAAGCAGGAAUAUUACAUUAAAAUGAAAUGCAGUCUGUUCAAAAGACGUCAAGGCGUGUGAUGUGAAGAGUGCACAUUGAAUGCCAUCAGCUCACAUUAAUUCUACGGUUUACAUCACUGCUUUCACCGUACAGCUGAAUCCUAAAACAACACAAACAAAGGGUGUUUGUAAAACCUCUGAUUGUAAGUGAAAAGUAAAUUUAGCACGGGAAGCCGUGAUAAGAGCUUUCCAUGUAAAUGUAGGACACCAUCUGUAGCAAAUAUUUCUACUAAUGCAUAAUAAAAUGUACUUGUGUCAGAUCCCCGUAUAUAAAAUUAUGUUACUUACUUCUGGUGAAAUUAUUCCUUUCAUUUUCCUCCUUUGACUCAAAAUACCUUCAUUAAAAACCCCACCAUAGCGUUUUGCCUUUUUGCAUAGGGGUCCAUUAAAUUAAUUAUUUGUACAUAAAACAAUAAAUGGGCAUCCGUCCGUAACAAGAUGCGUAGCCGUACUGUCAAGCUUACAUUCACACAUAAACUUCAU